AUGGGCGCGCGCGGGCCCCACGUGCUGGUGGACACCACGCCCGCCAGGACCAUCCUGGUGUACCGCAACGGGGACCCGUUCUUCGCGGGCCGCAAGUUCGUGCUGUCGCGCCGCCGCGUGGCGUCCUUCGAGGCGCUGCUGGAGCAGCUCACGGAGCAGGUGGCCGUGCCCUGCGGGGUGCGGCGCCUCUUCACGCCGGUGCGCGGGCACCUGGUGCGCGAGCUGGACGCGCUGCUGCAGGCGGGCGGCAAGUAUGUGGCCGCCGGGCGCGAGCGCUUCAAGAAACUCGACUACGCGCGCAUCGAGCCCCGGGCCCCGGCCAAGGCGAGACGGCGGCGGGAGAUCAAACCGGUGGUGCACUGUGACAUCAACGUGCCUUCCAGGUGGCAGACGUACCACCGCCUGUCCCGGUGCAUAAACGUGUUCACAAAUGGAAGCCUCUUCACGCCCCCAGCGAAGGUCAUUAUCCCCAAAUUCACGCUGACGGACUGGAACAGCGUGCUGGCCAUGGUCGGGGAGAAGGUCUUCCCCCUGGGCGGGGUGCACAGGUUGUUCACGCUGACCGGGCGCCUGCUGGACAGCUCGGAGGGCCUGCAGGAGAACCACUUCUACGUCGCUGCGGGGCUGGAGGCCUUCAAGCACUUCCCCUACUGGCAGUCCCCGCGCGUGCCUGACGAGGUGCAGCGAAAGUACGCAGAUGCCGAGAGGCCCUCGCACAGGAAGAGUAAAGAGGAGCCGGAAGGGAAAGAUGCUGGGAAGCAGGACAGCCUCCCCCGCGCGGCCCAGGACUCGGUGUACUACGCCAGAGAGAGACAGACGGCCCCGGCCCAGCUCCUGCCCGAGAGCGGCACAGGUGACGUGUAUAAGGCGCAGACCCCUCACGCGGAAAUCUGGGGGGCGCCAGACGUCAAGGAGGACCUGGCCGGGCAGGUGGAGGUGCCUGUGGACCAGAUGCCGGCCAAGGUGGUCCGAGAGGAGGCGGCCCAGGAGCAGACCCCUGAUCUGGGAAGCACCAAGGAAAAGGAUGAAAAGCAUUUUGAGGUUCAGGAAAGAAAGGAAGACAGUUCACGCGUGUCUUUUAAGAAAAAGUUUCCCAUAAGACACAACACAAAGAAAAAAGCAACUGUCAACCUCAGCAAGAAUAAGAAACUGGUUUCGCUUCCUGAAAAAGAACAACACGGCCUAAAACACGCCAGCUCCACCCCCGCCCUGGCAGCUGCCCCGGGGAGGCUGGGGGGCCCAGCAGAGCCACCGAGGGAAGACCCGGCGCAAGAAGACCCUGCACCCAGGCAAGCCCAGGAAGACCCUGAGGCACGCCAGCUGCUGGAGCCGCCGCCUGCAGGGCGGCCGUCCUGGGAGCGGAGACCCGGCAAGAAAGCAUCCCCUGAAGGCCCACCCCCCAAACAAUCACCGCAGAAACGGGAGAGCAGGGGCGCGCAGACUGAGCAGCAGGCCCACUGAGACACGCGCUGGAGGGGCACGGGCAGGCGGGCAGGCGGGCGUCCUGCUGGCGGCAGACUUGCUAGUCAAGUGUGGAAACUGCGGAUUUCAUAUUUUGGUGGCCAGACAGAGUGUUUUUAAGAGAUGAUUAAAUUACAUUU